AUGCCAUUAACAAAGAAGAGGCUCGAAGAUCUCUCUGGGCAGGAUCUCUAUAUCCGUGCUAUGUACAGAUCUAAAGAAUUUCCCUUGGUAGACGACAAUGGCGAGGUUUAUCUUGUUCCACCAGGUUUGAGUGGACGACAGUCAGUAAAGGAACGCAAAUAUUUGACGGGGGCCGCCAAAGGAUUGACGCAACAUCUCAACCAGCACUUUUUGCAAGGCGCAAUUCAUCAUGCGACAAAUCCAGUGAUGAGGGCAUUGAAACGCAAAGAAGCUGGCGGUCAACGAACUCUGUUGGGAGCACUAACGGCUUCUGCGAGAUGGACACCCAAUAAUAUGGCACUGGCAGCAAAAGAGUUUGAGGUCCCUUGCUCCGCCAAAAUGCUGCUAUUUCUACCUGAGAUUUUUGAUAGAGCUAUCCUCAGAAAGGAUCCAAAGUUCUGCUAUGAAUAUGAAGGAAAAGACGGAAAGACACGUGUUGGAGUGAAGACACCUUGCCCAUGGUGCAAAUCCAAUAAGCAUGUGAGCUUCCCGGACAAAUCUGGCCUCAAAGCUGGUAAACACAGAGCCAUUGCCGACUAUAGAGCCUCCAUUCCCAUCUAUUGUCACCGAAUCAAGUGCUCCAAUCCACAGUGCAGAGGCAACCCAUCGACAGCCAAAGGAGACGAUUCAGACAAAGUGUCCUCCCACACCAUCCUUGGCUACAGUCAUGGAGUCCUUUCUUUAUAUCCUAAAGAAUUGCUGCAGAAGUAUGCUCAACAUCUCUACACUGAAGCUGAAGAUGGAGGUGGUGGUGCCAUUAUGUUCACAUCAGGCCUUGCUUUUGAAGUCUUGAGAGAUGAGACCAAUUUCUCUGAAUUGCUUAGGCACAUGCAUGAUGCAUUUGAGAGAUCUGUAUCGAACAGUAUCUCUGCCUAUGUUGCCUUCCUCAAAACACAAUCUGCAGAUUUGAAUUGGCCAGACUUUAGUGUCAAAAACUAUAGAUCUGUGUUUGGGCCACCUAAGUCUGUUGAUACUAUAAUUCAAAUCUUUCACAAGUCAUUUGAUUUGGUCUUUCCUUACUUGCAGAGAGACCUGUUCAAUAGAGUUCCUGGUGACAGCAUCAAGAUGGAUGGAACAUUUAGAUUCUUGUCAAAAACAAAGAAUGACAAGCAAUCUUCUGAAGAAACCAAAUGCUUGCAUGUGGUUUGGGAUCAGUAUGGCUAUGUCCUGUCCUGGGCUUUCUCUGGUCCCGAAAAUGAUGAAUGUUUCCAACGACUCAAUUGCCACCUUAGGAAGCGAUGCGAGCGGAUUGAUCAGAGAGAUGGAACCAAGCAUGUUGAUGCUGUUAAGGCAGCUUUCAGUGAUACCUGCUGUCAGAGACUCGAAGAUCCUACAUUACAUUGGAUUACGGUUAUUUGGCCCAGUGUUCCUAGAGCGCUGUUGGUUUCUAGUAACACUCUAGCUUAG